CCAGCCAACACCACCCCUUUCUCUGCAAAUCUGCAAACCAGACAUAACUAUACACAGCCGGCCAAAGAGAAAAGGUCUCUCUCUCUCUCUCUCUCUAUGUUCCCUGUUCGAUUUAUUAAAGCCUUUCUAUCGCCACUCUUCUAGAGAGGGAGAGAGAAAGAGAGAGGAUGAGGGACUGGGAGAAGGUCUCAUCUCGUUGGGCAUCUUCAUCUUCAUCACUUAAGCUCCUUCUGUUUGUAGUUCCUUUGGUUCUGGUUUCUGGGUUUGUUUCUGUAGUAGGUCCAAGAACCUCUACUUGGGUUUCCUUAUCUUAUUAUCCAUGGCCAUGGGGAUCUGGUUUUCCUUCUUCUUCUUCUUCGACUACAACUGUUAUGACAAUGACGACGACUAGCUUAUCAACCAAAGAAGGUGAGCAGCAAUUGAAGAUACAUCUGACUCCGAAGGUGGUGGGCCUUCAUCAUGUAGAAGAAACUCUCUCUGAUACUUCCAUCUUCAAUCGCUCUUCUUCAGUGCUGGCUAAAGAGAUUUUCGAAACCCAACAACUCGAUGAAAAAAAUGUAAAGGAGUUGCAGAGUCCAAUUGACAGAUCUGAUGCUUCCCCUGUAACGAUGAAGGCAGCUGAUGUUGGUCCAGCGACAAUGGAGGUGGAGGAAGAUGGUAAACUAGAGAGAUCACUUAAUGGGUAUGAUGUUUCUCCGGUAAUAAUGAAGGUGCCCGAAGAAGAGAACAAACAAGAGAGGCUUAAUGCGUCUGCUGUGGCAGAAGUGCAGAAAAAACGCAGAAGCAAAUUGGAGAGGCUUGAAGCAGGCCUUUCAAGAGCUCGAGUCACAAUAAGAGAAGCUGCUCAUCAGAAGAGGAACCAAACUCCAGACUUAGACUAUGUCCCACAAGGCCCCAUGUAUUGGAAUGCCCAAGCCUUCCACAGGAGUUAUCUGGAAAUGGAGAAACAGUUCAAAGUCUUCGUCUAUGAAGAAGGGGAGCCACCACUGUUCCACAACGGUCCCUGUGGAAGCAUAUACUCGUCGGAGGGAAACUUCAUUCACCAGAUGGAGAUGGACAAACGCUUUAGAACCCAACAUCCUGAAGAGGCCCACGUAUUCUUCCUGCCCUUCAGUGUUGCAAUGAUGGUUCGAUUCGUCUAUGUGCGCGACUCCCAUGACAUUGGCCCCAUAAAACACACUGUUACCGACUAUGUCAACAUCAUCGCCGGAAAAUACCCUUACUGGAAUAGAAGCCUUGCCGCCGAUCACUUCAUGCUUUCUUGCCAUGACUGGGGGCCAGCCACAUCUACCUAUGUUCCACAUCUGUACAACAAUGGUAUCCGGGUUCUCUGCAAUGCAAACACCUCUGAAGGAUUCAACCCGGCCAAGGAUGCAUCCUUCCCAGAAAUCAAUAUGGUAACAAGAGAAAUCAAGGGUUUGAUUGGUGGCCCAUCUCCUUCUCAUCGCCCAACCCUAGCAUUCUUCGCCGGAAAACUGCACGGGCCCGUCCGGCCAGUGCUGUUUGAGCACUGGAAGAACAAAGAUGAAGAUGUACAGGUUUAUGAGUCCCUCCCAAGAGGUCUGUCUUACUACGACAUGAUGAGGAAGAGCAAGUAUUGCAUCUGCCCGAGUGGGUACGAGGUGGCAAGCCCCCGAGUUGUCGAGGCACUGUAUGUGGGCUGUGUUCCUGUGUUGAUUUCAGACCAUUAUGUGCCACCUUUCAGCGAUAUUCUGAACUGGAGGUCCUUCUCAGUUGAGGUUCCAGUAAAUGAAAUUCCCAACCUGAAGAGGAUUUUACUGAAUAUAUCUUCAAAGCAGUAUAUAAGGAUGCAGAGGAGGGGGCUUCUGGUGAGGAAGCAUUUCGAAGUGAACUUUCCACCCAAGAGGUUUGAUGUCUACCACAUGAUUCUUCAUUCUGUCUGGCUCAGAAGACUGAAUGUUCGAAUUCAUGAUGAACAAAUAUAGAGAAGGGACGACGACGAAAACAGAAAUACUCUAAUCAUAAAUCACUGUUGCAGUCGUCAGUGUCGGUUGUGGGUUAGUAAUCAUUCAGUUUAGUUCUCCAGUAGGAUUCCACAAGGGUCAAUGGGAUGGUUGGUCUGGAACCUGGACCUUAUCAUUCACUACAUUGUAAGAUUUUUGCCUUUAUGAGCUCAUGUACUCGAAAUGCCUGCUAGCAAUCAUAACUGUAUCUGUAUGAGUGCUUGACCAGCCUUUUGAAUUGUUGAGAGAGAGAGAGAGAGAUGUCUAGGACUGAUUUUGCUUUCUAAUCCAAUUCUAGCCAUGCCUAUGUUGCCAUAUGCCACAAAUGUCCGUACGGUUAGUAUUGUUCUUUCCUCGUAUGUAACCUGCACUGCAUCAUCUGCAACUUCUGUUCAAUUCGCAAAAGCUCUUUUCUGAAGGAAUUUUAACGCUUUCAAUCUCCGAAACAAAUAAAAAAAAGAACUCUGAUAAUCAUUCAAGUUCCCAUGGAUGCACCAA